CACAAGGGAGUUUUCCUAUCGGCUUUAAAGGAAGGGAGCAGGUACAAGCAAUGCAGGUGACAUCAUGCAAGUCACAGAGAAGGUCGUGCUUCUGCUCCUGCUCAUUUCACAGUGCAGUUGUCGUCUUUUUAAUGGUUUAACCAAACAAGGAGUUUGUCCUCCUGCCCGAUUUACUACUCAAGUAAGUGAUGGGGCCAAAUGGUGCAAUUACGACCUUGACUGUGCAGGAAACAAGAAAUGUUGUGUACACAACAGGGGGAAAGUAUGCAAGCCCCCAGCUGCUGUCAGACCAGGAAUAUGUACACAACCAGUGAGUGUAAUAAAGAAUUGUGAUGAUAAAUGCACGUCUGACAGUGAGUGCGCCCCUAACUUGAAAUGCUGCUUCUUAAAAUGUGGACUCGAUUGUGUGGCACCUGCAGGAGUGAUUCCUGGAUUUUGUCCCCCUGCCCCUCCUAAUAUUGGCAUCUGUCUCCUUCCUUGCAAACAAUGCCCAUAUGGUAAAAAGUGCUGUCCAAAGAAUUGCAGGGAUGAGUGUGUACCCACAGUUCCUGAAAAGCCAGGUAGAUGCCUCCUCAACAGUAUUUUCUGUGUCCGAGCAAGCCACCAAAUGUGUUCCGGGGACAAUACAUGCCCAGGAGAUGAAAAAUGUUGCUCCUAUAUGUGUGGGAGUUCGUGUUUACCAGUCAUGUAAGCUGAAACUAAUUCUCAGUAGGACUCAUGGAAAUGCAUUAUUAUCCGAUUCAUAUAAUUCUGCUGUGAUGCCCAAUGGUGAGAGUUGGAACUUGGCAGCCUUUGAUUUGAAAGCUCUUCGUAACAAAAAUAAAAUGUACUUGAAAUAAA